GGUACACUCUGUCCAACUAUUGGCUGUUAGUCCUAAUGGUUUCAGAGAUAGUGCUUCAAGAAUCACUGCUGGUGUUUAUGCAUUCAGAAAAAACUGUAAUCGAUUUGUCAGUUCACAGAAAAUGAAACAUUAUGAUAACUGAUUAAUCUUUUCAGGCAAAAAACAACAGCCAAAAAAUGUCAAACCCUCUCUGUUUCUAGCUUUUCAAAUAUCAGGAUUUGUCAUACACGACAGUAAACUGAAUAUCUUAUAUCUUGAUUUUAGUUGAUGGAAUAAAAUAAGCUAAACAGAUCACCUCGGGCUGUGAGAAAUUGGCAUUUGUCAUUAUUUUGUUUUGUUUUAUAGGCAAAGGAAUUACUCAGUAAAUUGAGAAAGUGAUCUGCAGAUUUAGUGAAAAUGAAAAUAGUUGAAUGUCACUGAGUUUUGGGCUUUUGUUUGAUCAAAAUGUUAAGACAUCUCCUGGGAUCUGAACCUGUGGUGGUCAUUUUACACAUUUCUUUUCUUACAAUGUUAUAUACUAAAAGAUUAAUUGAGACGGUUGUUAGUUGCAGCCCGAUGUGAUAAAUGUAAUAUCAUAGAUUGUCUUAGGUUAAGUUCUUACAUUUGUUCUUGCACUUUUCCAAUAGAAAAGAAGAAAGAAAUAGACAAUGAAUAAAUACAGUAAAUCUUCCCCCGACUUUCCUGGUCAAUUCCAGCAGCCUGAGCGGAUCUCCAAGGAACCAACAGUUAGUUCUCUGUUAAUUAAUGAUGGGCUUAUGUUAUCACUCCUGUUGUUGGGGGAAAUCUAUACUAAGGGUGGUUGAACACAGAAUUAGUCAAUUAGAUUGCUAAUUAAUAGCAAGCAUUUUUUAUUAUCGACCCUUGCUGCCAGGGCCGAGCAUGAGGGUCAAUUGCAGUUAGGACUAGUCAGCAAACAGGGAAUCUGGAGAGGACUGAACUCCCCUCGGUCGGCUGUGUACCUUUAAUCUAAUCCAUUUUGAUUAGCUGAAGCCAAAAUAACUAACAUCAACUAGUUAAUUACCCGUAAGACUUUUUGCCGUGUCCCUGCUGGGAGGGACAGUCAGGUCUGAAUGCGAUAGAAACGAACGUGCAUGUCAGAAUGUUUUUGUCUUGAACGAACCAGGUUACUUCCAGUUUUGGUUGGUCUGGCUUGACGGAGAGCACAAAGUUUAGUAUUCUUUCCUCUCCUUCCCAGCACUGGCAGAGCUUUAAGGCCAAAAUCCCCUUUUCUGCUCCCCUACUUCCUUACAUACAAAUGAGUCUUCUUUCAAUUGAACUCAUAUGUUAGAAUUACUGCUGGGACCAUCCACUUUAUCCUCUUAUGGGUAAUUGGCAGUAGAUUUGUUUUGUUAAAUCUCAGACACAUCUUUAAAGUUUACAUCCUGACAGCGUAAUACCUCUAAGUGCUGUGGAAUCACUUUGUGCAGUAAUGCAGAGCAUGUAAGACAAUGCCAGAAAUGUAAUGGAGGCUUUGAGCUGACAAGGAAACAAGAUGGACUGAGAAACAGGCUGACACUUCAAGCUGAUCAUGCUGGGGCUGUUUUUCCCUAAUGUAUCUCUUGACUAAGCCAAACUGGCAAGCAAACAGACAUAACAACGGGGCCAGUGUGCAGCAAACGAGGUUCCCUGGAAAACAUUUCUGUGAUCUGUAGGACAGCGACUCUCAGAAUUGCCCGCUGAACUGCACAAGUCAUGUACCAAGUUGUGCCGGGAGGGGCGGGAGGCACAAUUACAGAUGCACUCCCCAAGCAGAAACACAGCAAGGACACUCGACCCUUAGUCGGAGCUGGAGUAAUCGGCCUGGUGCUGGUAAUUGCAGCAGUGACUGCAUGGUGUUACUACAUAGCCUCUCUACGCAAAGCUGAGCUGCUUAAGACUCAGCUUCUGGAUCUGAAUAAAGAUGGCUACAUUAUCCGUAACCAGGGAGGGUCUAUUGUUUUCAGAAUGGAUUUCAGGUCAGGAACACUUGAUUUGGAUUCAUGCUCCAAAGAAGGGGAGAUGCUGAGCUGCUCACGCACCUCUGAUAGAAAUCUGAACUUCUUCAUUGAGACAGUGCGACCCAAAGACACGGUACAAUGCUAUCGUGUGCGCUGGGAGGAACUGGUUCCUGACAUUCCUGUUGAGCAUGCCAUGACAUACAAGUUUGCACACUGGUAUGGUGGUGCAGUGUCAGCAAUUCAACACUGGCCUAUUUCUAUUUACGGCCAACAGGCUCCCAAACCCUUUGUCACUAGCGACGUUUACUCAAACCGCCAUGAAUUUGGUGGAAUUUUGGAGAGUUAUUGGCUUUCCUCCAAUGCUACAGCCAUCAAGAUAAAUAAUUCAGUGCCCUUCCACCUGGGCUGGAAUGACACAGAGAAGACCAUGUCCUUCCAAGCGCGAUACAAUGACAGUCCCUUCAAGCCAAACCCAGGAGAGGCUCCAUGUGCUGAACUCAGCUACAGAGUGUGUGUGGGCUUGGAUGUGACAUCCAUACACAAGUACAUGGUCCGCAGAUACUUCAACAAACCAUACAAAGUACCUGCCAAAUCCAUGUUUCGCCAUCCUAUAUGGUCCACCUGGGCGCUACAUAAGACUGACAUUGACCAAGAGAAACUCUUGACGUAUGCCGCCAACAUUCGCAAGUAUAACUUUACCUGUAGUCACCUGGGACUAGACGAUCGAUACACCAGCCGCCACGGAGAAUUUGACUUUGACCCAAUAAAGUUCCCCAAUGCCUCGGCCAUGUUCCAAAAGCUGAAAUCAGAUGGAUUUAUGGUGUCGCUUUGGAUUCACCCGUUUGUCAAUUAUGACUCUGCAAACUUCCAUUAUUGCGUGGAGAGGGGGCUUUUAGUCCGAGAGCCUACAGGCCGGCUGCCAGCUUUGGUGCGCUGGUGGAAUGGCAUCGGCGGCAUUGUGGACUUUACAAAUCCAGAAGCCCGUAAUUGGUUUUCCUCCCAGCUCCGUUCACUGCGCUCUGGCUAUGGAGUGUCAUCUUUCAAAUUUGAUGCUGGGGAGACCAGCUACUUACCAUGGAAAUUUAGUACCUUUACUCCCAUUCGGGACCCGAGUUUUUUCACAAGACGUUACACGGAAAUGGCUAUUCCCUACAAUGACAGAGCUGAGCUGCGCAGUGGCUACCAGUCCCAGAACAUAUCCUGCUUCUUCAGACCAAUUGACAGAGACUCUGUGUGGGGCUAUGAGCUGGGUCUCAAGUCCCUUAUUCCCACAGUGCUCACCAUCAGCAUCCUCGGCUAUCAGUUCAUUCUACCCGACAUGAUCGGAGGGAAUGCCUAUCUGAACCGCACAGAUGGAGAUCGUGUAUUACCCAAUCGCGAGCUCUAUAUCCGCUGGCUGGAGCUGGCAGCCUUCAUGCCCUCCAUGCAGUUUUCUGUCCCGCCAUGGGAAUACGACAAUGAGGUAGUUGAAAUUGCUCGGAAAUACACAGCCAUCCACGAAAGUAUUGUGGCGCCACGGGUCCUGGAGCUGGCUGGUGAGGUGCUGGACACCGGGGACCCAAUCAUACGGCCCCUGUGGUGGAUUGCCACACUUGAUGAGACAGCCUAUAAAAUCGACUCCCAGUUCCUGAUUGGGGAUGACCUCAUGGUAGCCCCAGUUUUAGAGCCUGGAAAGCAAGAGCGUGACAUCUACCUCCCUGCCGGCCGUUGGAGAAGCUACAAGGGGGAGAGAUUUGAUAUCAAGGAGCCACUGCAUCUCACAGACUAUCCUGUAGAUCUGGAUGAAAUUGCUUACUUUGUUUGGGUGUAGCAAGAAGGGAUUGUAAAGCUUAACAGACUUGAUUAGCCUUUGCUACAAUUUGCUUGUAAGACAAGCUUCACAAAUUCAGCUUUUAUUCUUGUGUGCAAAGGUUGUUUGUUAUGGAAAAGCUAUUCUGCCACACAAUAUGACAACUUUUUAAAUACUACAAUACACCACAAAUGUGAAACUGUUCAUCUCAAAAGUGCUCAAAACCUCAUCUUAAUUUCUUAUGUCAUUUAAAUGAAUAAAGGAAUAAUCUUUUUUAUUUUCUUUUUGUAUUUUUUUAGUGGUUUGAUGUAAAUAUAUAUCAAGGUAUUGUCCUUUAAAGAGAGACUAUGUAACUUUUGACAGCCACUGUCAGUGUGAUGCACGUUCACACUUCACAAGAGCCAGGUCAAAGUUCAGUUCACACAGUUUAAAAUGAACUAGGUCACGUUCAUAGUUCACAAUUUGAAAUUUGAAGUAAGUUCACAGUUCCAAAGAAUUAACUAGUUUAUGUUUGUGUCUUCGAUGCAUCAACUCGAUGUGUUGUUUCAAAUUUGUUGCCAAUGUGGCUGAUGUUGGGAGAGUUGUAUUUUCAGACUUGGUGGCAAAUAUCGAUAUGAAAGUACUUGUCGUAAACCUCGGUAUGCCUUAAAUUGAGUGUCAAUGUCACAAGAGUGACUGACACUUGCAUUCAAAUCCGUAAAUUGCAAACUGAUGCAUUCAAUUCACCAUUCACCAAAAGUAUGAGCACAUUCAAUGAGCAUGCACUGCUAGCGUGUUCAUGCACAACACUGGCCACUGUAGCCAGAAGUCACAAUUAUGUACUUAUGAUGAUUGUAAUAACAGUAGCACAGGUAAUGAAGAGUCAUACAAAUUAACAAACUGGCUCCAUAUUGUCAGUUAAACAGCAAUGUCUGUUUCAAGUUUGCUAACAUUAGCUGACGUUAGUCACUUUAAGCUACUUGUCAUACCAGACCACGCAAGGUUCCAGCAGCAAAAUCCCAUUACAUAUAAAAGUUACACAGUCUCACUUUAAAGCCUGUGCAAGCCACAUAUAUCAAACAUUUGUCAUAAAGGGAAUACGCAAACUGUGAAUUAAGUGAGGCAAAGUUGUCUUUGCAUGCCAUAAAGUUGAAGUUAAAUUCAAGCCAAACAGAUCAUGUCAUGGGAGGACAAUUAAAGGGGUGUCAUUAUCGUCAUCAAACAGACAGUAGGCUACAUAAAACCUUCUAUAUUGAUAAAAAAUUCCCUUUGACUGAGACAUCCUACUUUCCUGUGACACUAAUGACUCUUCUUCUCUUCUGCUCCGAGAUACUUUCCAGGAAGUCAGGUUUUAUGCUUCACUUAUCAGGAUGAAUGCUUGAAGUUUAAUCAUUACAAACUGCACAUGCUCUCAUUUGUGGAACUGAGUGUCAUGUAACUACUCUUAGCCCAGACGACGAUGCCUUUUAUUAGGCACUAAAUAUUUUAUGCUCUUCCUCAGGUAACAGCCUUUUUCUGGCUGUGGUGUGUUUUGAAGUGUCUUGUAAUUGUCUUAUUUUGCUUUGCUGACUCCAAAUGCAGCUAAGCAGCUAGUCAUACUCCAGUAUAUAAUAUGCUCUGGUUACUUUAAACCUACUUCUUAUGCAGUGAGGAAGUCCAUAGAUGUCGUAAAUUAAAUUACCAAAGUAGAUGGUACAGUGUGUUUUGUAACCUUGAGUUUGUUAAUGUGAAUAUUUUGUAACUGCAGUGACAUCUCAAAGUGCCAUGUGUUAAUAAUUACUGCCACAUACUGUAUGUGAUUUCAUGUUAUGCUAUACAUUUAUUGUUGUUGCCUUGUUACAUAUUGUACAUUUAUUAUGUAAUAUUAUCGUUAAUUUAACCACUUAACAGAGUGAGUUAACUCUUUAUGUGCAAUCAGAGAGUGCACCACUUAUGCUAGAAAACUAAAGUUCCCAUUAUGCAUCUGCAAAUAUCUGAGAAAAAAAAGAAUUUCAUAGUUUUCAUAUCAUAUCAGAGCACAUUAUGUGAUGCAACUGAUACUUCCUCAAACUCUGUUUAAGGCAGCAAGCAGAGAUGUGGACUUGACUUGCAGACUUGAGUCACAAAUUUGAUGACUUUAGACUCGACAAAAUCAAAUAAAGUCUUUGACUUUAACACCAUUGACACUUGACUUCACUUGACCUCACUUUGACUUGAAAAUACUCGAUACCUUCGGAAAGAGAACGUUAGAGAAAUGAUUUCAAUAUGAGAUGAGUUAAAUACAACAAGACAGGCCAGAAACAUACAAAAUUCAUUCUGUGGUACUGGACAAUUGUGCUAUAUGCUAUGAAAAAACAUUUAUUAAUUAUGUUAGUAUAAUACAUUAUUACUCUAUUGUUAAAAUGGCAUUACAUGUGAUGAAGGGUACAUUAUAAUCUCUUUAGGACUCAAAACUCAUUAAGGACUUGGGACUUGAGUACAAAGAAUUUAGACUUACUUGUGACUUGCAAAACAAUGAGUUGAUCCCACCAAUGGCAAUUAAAGAAUAAUAUUGGUAACCAGGCUUUUGGAUCCCGACCCUGAACAUGACAAUGACUCCCUCUGGUUCCUGUUAGCUUUCAUAAAACUUGUUGAGGUAAGCUUUGACGUUGCAUUUAGAAAAAAAACUGUUACUGUGUAAUAACGAAAAGGAAAUGUCCACAUUCUCAUGGUGCAAUGUUCUCGUGUGACAAUAUUUCUCUAUUUUUGUUUAACGCUGUCUUCUGUGGCUCGCAGGUUGACCUGAGUGGGUUUUGUUUGUGCCUUUUGACAUAGUUAUAUCAAAACAGCACUACCUAUUUAUAGCAGUUCUCACUCAGCAUCUGGGCCAGGCCAACCUCUGAGGCUAUUUCUGUCUCAGACUGUCUUGCUUUAUGAUGAGACUGAGAGAUUAUAUAUCUCGGACUGAAUGUUUCUUUGCUUUAGGCUCUUAUGACCCAGUGUGUGCUAUCUGCCUCGAGUUAUUGUAACUGGACAUUGUGCUAAUUUCGGCAAGAGUGCAUACUUGAUGUCAUUUUGUAUGAAUGUAUUAAAAGGAAUCAUGUUUGA